AUGCCAGCGUUGCUCGGUAAGUCGAUCGAUACUGUGACCAAAGAACAGUUACACCAAGCAAUCAAAGAUGGACUGGACGAAUUCAAAAUAAAGGAAGAUAUUUGGCUCGAUAGAGAUAUAUUAGAAGCAUUACAACGUCAAGUGGAUCGUAAUCUGGCAAGACUAAAAGAAAGUAUCUGAUGUGUUGAAGUCCAUCAUUAGUACAAAAUUUCUGUCAUCUAUAAUCUUGUCAAUAGAAAUCUUUCUGUCUAUAAUCACAAAUGAAGGGUGUGAUUUUAUUAAAAAUAUAUAAAAUCAAAAGCUAGUAAGAUGCAUUUCAUUUAUUGCUAAAGUAAUCUUACGAAUUGCUAAUGAUUUGAAGGAUGAUGAUAUGGACAGAAUGUUUUCCCGGAACUGUUUGGUUCAGUUGGUGCGGCGAUGGUGCAGAGUAAACGGCAAGAGGCUUAACCUUUGAGCUAUUGUGGUUGGUGUUCACUUUUUUUUCGAAUGAUUAAUAUUUGGUAUGACUGUUAGACAGAAUUGAUUUUAUCGCCACUCUAGUGAAACAUCUUGUAAGUAAGAUCUUGAAAUCUUGGGAUUGGUAGGUAAGAUCUUAUCAAGAUCUUUAAAAGAUAAUUCGCUUGUUCAGAUCUUGUCCUAUCUGAUAAAUCUGUACCU